AUGGGUAUCCUCGCUGUUAUCCGCGAAAACCUCCCACCGAAACCUACGUUCAAGGUCGACGACGUACCAGACCUAGAAGGCAAAGUGAUCAUUAUUACUGGGGCGAACGCAGGUGAGAAACUGAGACAGCGAAGGCAAGUCUAUCCUCAACAUGGCGUAGUUUACAUCGCAGGGCGGAGCCAGGAAAGGGUCGAGCAAGCCAUUCAGGACAUCAAGGCGGAAACUGGCAAAGACGCGCUGUUUCUGAAGUUGGACCUUGCGGACUUGACCUCGGUCAAGGCGGCAGCUGAGGAAUUCCAGAGGAAAGAAACGCGACUUGACGUUCUUUAUAACAAUGCUGGUGUUUUGGGGCCUCCCAUUGCUGAUGUGACAGCUCAAGGCUACGAUCUUCAGUUCGGUACUAAUACUCUUGGACAUUUCUACUUUACGAAGCUCCUUCUACCUACUCUCCUGGCAAGCGCGAAGACCAGUCCCGAUGGGAAGGUUCGGGUCAUUAACGUCAGCUCUGCCGCUCAUCACUGGCACCACGGUUCCAUCGAUUUCAACAUCCUGAAGGAUUGUCCUGCAAGGAAAAAGAAGUCUGGCUUGAUGUUGUACGGUCAGAGUAAACUCGGUAACAUCUUAUUUUCGAAUGAGUUGUUUCGCCGGUACGCCCAUGAGGGGGUUAUCUCAACGUCGAUACAUCCAGGAAACUUGCGAUCGGAUUUAUACCGCCAUAUGUCGAGAAUCGAGAAUUUCGUUGUUAAUCUCAUUUUGUAUCCCUCAGCUAUGGGGGCGUUGACGCUGCUCUGGGCUGGCACGACUGACGAAGGAUUGACUCUGGGUGGCAAGUAUCUGAUUCCCUGGGCACGGGUGGGUACCCCGAACGCUUCUGCACGAGACCCGAAACUUGCCGAGGAAUUAUGGACGUGGAUGGAGGAACAGGUGCAAAACAUUUAA